AGUUAUGAAUGUGAGCCAGUGCGAACUAACUGCAAUCACCUAGCCGUGAGCGUUUGCAACGAACGCGUACUCAGGACAGCGGCCGCGAGAUAGAUCGAAACGAAUUUGCAUACAAAUAGAGAUACAAAAAAAAAAGCAACACUCCUAAAAAUUCGUUGACGGAUUAUAAAUUUGUUAAUCAAAACUAAGAUCUUUAAGAAUUACGUAUACGCAUUAUCAAUGAUCUAAUGAAACAGUAGUGAAGUGAAAAGAGCCGAUUGUGAAAGUUUAUUUAUUAGCUUAAAAGAAAGACGCGACCCAGUUAUGGCGAUCGAUAGCAAAAUUUUGGAAAACAACAAGUCUGCAGAUAAAAUACUUAAUAGCAGUGACUUAAAUGGAAGUAACAUAAUUAGUCAUAGUAUUAAGAACAACAAAAAAGACGGGGAAAAUGAACCCAAAGAUGAUUCCGAGAACUGGGAAGGGCUCGGGAUUUUGCAAAAAACAAGGCGUAUGAUUUCUCUAAUUACUGUUGAACCUAUUUUGGCUUGUUACGUAAUGCCAUCGGUAUUAGCAGCAUUAGCCACACAGAAUCUAUAUUUAGAAAAAGCUUGUCGAGUCAAUCUGAGGUUUGAACACCACGUGUGUGAUGCACUUACGAGACGAGAAACAACAAAUUACACUUUCGAAGAAGAAGCCGUCCAAACAUUAGUGGCUUCUGUAACAGGCUGGAAAACUGUUCUACAAUCGUUUUUGCCUUGCUUCAUAUUAAUAUUCCUCGGAGCGUACAGUGACCGAGUUGGGCAAAGGAAAUUUUGCAUGCUCCUUCCAAUCGUAGGGGAGUUCCUCACAAGCAUCGGUCUCAUUGUGAACACAUACUUCUUCUACGAGUUGCCAGUUGAGGUUGCGGCCGUGACAGAAGCAAUAUUCCCCGCACUAACCGGAGGCUGGUUCACGAUGUUUAUGGGGGUGUUUAGUUACAUUGGUGACGUUACGACCGAAGAACAACGGACUUUAAGGAUAGGAAUUGUGAAUUUGUUUCAUUCCGUGGGAGUACCUGUGGGGGCUGCGCUCAGCGGGAUUUUAGUGAGGAAAAUCGGAUUAUACGGUGUGUUUUCCGUUAGUGCUACUUUGUACAUACUGAGCUUCAUGUAUGGAUUCUUCAGGAUCAAGGAGGUUAAAAAAAUUGAUCCAUCUGUGAAACCACCAAAGAACUGCUGCCAUUGGCUUCGUGACUUCUUCGAUACAAAGUAUGUCAAGGAAACAUUGAUGGUGGCGUUCAAGAAAGGUCCUAAUAAUAGAAGACUACGAGUCAUAAUGCUGGUCGUGGUGCUCUGUGUUAUCAUUGGACCCAUAUAUGGGGAGAUGUCCGUUGUGUACCUUUACACUAGAUUCAGGUUUAAUUGGAAUGAGGUUGACUUCAGUAUGUUCUCAACGUACGCUAUGUGCACUUCAUUACUAGGAACCCUAUUUUCGGUCGGAGUCUUCAGUCACGUUAUGAAGUUAGACGAUGCUAUAAUUGGAGUGAUUUCCUGCACAAGCAAAAUACUAGCUGGAUUCAUGUACGCUUUUGCAACGAAAACAUGGCAUAUUUACUUAGCACCUUUAAUUGAAAUAUUUAACGGAACAUCGUUCAUAGCUAUGAGGUCAAUGAUCUCGAAGUUGGUGGAAAGGGAUGAGUUAGGAAAAGUGAACUCCUUCUUCGGUCUCGCCGAAGCGAUGAUGCCACUCAUUUAUGCUCCAAUGUAUACGACGGUCUACACGGCUACGAUUAAAUCUUUCCCGGGAGCUUUCUUCUUACUCGGAGGGGGUCUCACGACGCCAGCCGUUCUCAUUUUUAUGUGGCUCUACCUAGCGAACAAGAAGUACAGUAAACGACAAGACCCCAAGAUCGAGAAGCCAAUCGAGGUUAAAGCCUCCGAAAUGUUAGAGAAAUCUGGCGUCGACAACAAAGCAUACGUGGCGGACAGUGAAACAUACAAACAGGAAAACAUGGAAAAGCAACUAAAUGUUCCCGAAACUUCUAUAGAAAACGUCAACCAAUCUCAAAUCGAAAUGGGAUUUACUGAGAGUAUGCUGUGCAACAGUAAAAUACAGCAUUAACAAAUGACGAAUUUUCUUAAUUUCUUUUGCCAUCAGUUUUUUAUGACAAGUUAAAAUGUGUUCGUUUAACCUACUUUCACGUAGUAAUGACACAACGGAUCCACAUAAUUUUUGCUGUUUUUUUUUCUGGGAGCACAGCAUGUUGGAAUACCGGAUUAAUAGGUACCAAUAACUUAAGUAUUUCUCGAAGUAAUCUUUGUAAAAUAGAAUUGAAAUUUCGAUCUCAAAACUCAAGAUAGGUGGCAGCAUCACGUUCUCAUAUCUAUGGGCUCUGGUAUCCACUUUACACCAGGUGAGCCAAGGAAUAUGUAGACGUCUAAAAUAUAAUUAAAAAAAAAAAUCGAUUGAGUGGCAGCAACACAUGACUUAAAUUAAUUCAGGAAACAUGAUAUUGAUAUUGGAAACAUGAUGGAAACAUAAUUACAAAAAAAGCGGGUGAAACCGCGGAGGGCACCGAUUUUCUAAUAAACAAUAUUUUGUUAAAGUUUUGUGCGUAUUGUGUACUGUUUUCUGCGUUAGUGAUAUUUGAUUUAAUUAGUAUUUUAAAUGCAAAGGUAUCGAUGGUACAUGUAUAAAUUAGUAAGUACGGUACAUACGUACGGUACCUACCCACCUUUGUUAAUUUAACGUAAUGUUUGACAUUAGAAGAAAGCCAUCGGA